GUUCAAUGUAAAUUUCUAUACAUUUUAGACAGCAGCAUGUGAACAGGACUCUUAUUUUGGUGUGGUGAAGUGACGUCAUAAGGAUGCGCCGCGCUCCUGCAUCUGUUGUGAUUCGGCUGAAGAAAGGACACGGUGUGAUACCGAAAUACUAGUGAAGCGACUGAGAUCCACAUGACACCCUAUUAUAAAGAUGGCGUUUAUUAAAGAGGAGAUUGAAGACAUGAAGAUUGUGUUUAUUAAAGAGGAGAGUGAAGAUGUGAAGAUUGAAGAAACAUUCAGAGUGAAACAAGAAGAAACUGAAGAACAAACAGCUCUAAUGGCAAUGAAAACGGAGGAAGAAGAACUCAAUGAAAUUGAAGAGAAAGAUCAAUAUGAGAAUUUUCACAAUUUCAUAACUGGAGAAAAACCUUUUAGAUGUUUGCAGACUGAAAAGACCUCCACACGAAAAAAAGCUCAAAAGAGUUUCAAUCAACAAGGAAACUUUAAAGACUACACAGGAGAGAAGCCUUUCACCUGCCAACAGUGUGGGAAAAGUUUUGCUCAACAUGGAAACCUUAAAGUUCACAUGCGAUUGCACACUGGAGAGAACUCUUACACAUGCCCUCAGUGUGGAAAGAGAUUUGCUCAACAUGGAAACUUUAAAGUCCACAUGAGGAUUCACACUGGGGAGACCCCUUUCACCUGCCAACACUGUGGAAAAGGUUUCACUCGUAAAGUAAGUCUUAACAGGCACAUAAGAAUUCACACUGGAGAAAAGCCUUACACAUGCCCUCAGUGUGGAAUAAGUUUCACUCUAAAAGGAAAUUUUACCACGCAUAUGAGAAUUCAUGUUGGAGAAAAGCCUUACGCAUGCCAACAGUGUGGAGAGCGUUUUGCUCAACAUGUAAACCUUAAAGUCCACAUGAGAAUACACACUGGAGAAAAGCCUUACACAUGCCAUCAGUGUGGUGAGAGUUUUGCUCAACAUGUUAACCUUAAAGUCCAUAUGAGAAUGCACACAGGAGAGAGUCCCUUCACCUGCCAACACUGUGGAAAAAGUUUCAACAAAAAAGCACAACUUAAUUGCCACAUGAGAAUUCACACUGGGGAGAAGCCUUAUACCUGCCAGCAGUGUGGAAAAUGUUUCACCCAUAAGGGAAGCCUUAACUGGCACAUGACUGUUCACACUGGAGAAAAGCCUUUCACAUGCCCUCAGUGUGGAAGAGUUUUGCUCAACAUGGAAACCUUAAAGCCCAUAUGAUAACUCACAGUGGGGAGAGCCCUUUUACCUGUCCAACAAUGUGGAAAACGUUUCAAUCAUAAAGGAAGCCUUAACAGGCACAUGAGAAUUCAUACUGGAGAAAAGCCUUAUACAUGCCAACAGUGUGGGAAAAGUUUCCAUCAACAUGGAAACCUUACAGUCCACAUGAGAAUUCAUACUAAAAAGAGUCCAUUCACCUGUCAACAGUGUGGACAAAGUUUCAACCGUAAAGGAAGCCUUAACAGGCACAUGAGAAUUCACACUGGAGAAAAGAUUUACACAUGCCAACAAAGUGUGGAAGACGUUUUACUCAAAAAGGAAACUUUAACAGGCACAUGAGAAUUGACACCAGAUAAAAGCCUUACACCCUCCAACAGUGUUUAGAGAGUUUUACUUAACCAUCCAUUUAAGGCCACAUGAGAAUUCACACUGAUUAUAAAUUCACACUAGCCAUUAUAAAGCUUUGGAGCAUCAGGAUGAUUAUUAACUGUGUUCGUCUGAAAGAAGAAAGUCAUACAGCUUAGAUGGCUUGAGGGUGAUUAAAUCAUAGGAUAAUUUUCCUUUUAAUGUGAACUAAUCCUUUAAAAGGAAUAGUUCACC